AUGGCCCUACCAAACUACCAAAACGAAAUCGAAAAAGAAAUCGAUAAGAUCCAAACCUCAAUCGAAAAUCUCAACAUAAAAAUCCUCCGCGAAAAACAAGAUCUCAACCAGUACAAGAUCCGCAAGAACCGAAGCAUCAAAAAAUGUCACACCAAAAUAGCCCUAAAGAAAAGCCAAAUCACAGUCUUAUCUAACAAAACAUUCAACAUCCACAUCAAAGAACAAUCAACCUCAAGCUCAUCAGACACUGAGCCAUCAACCCCAACCCCAAACUCGGAAACAGAAACAGACACAUUCGAGCUCCUCAUCCCACCAAACUGGGAUACCCGCGAUCCCAAAAGACUAAUCGCCUGGCAACUAGAACGCCACAUCCACUGGGCAACCAAGAACCCCCCCUGGACCAGCAGAAGCAAUCUACACGAGAUAUUGGAUCUGCGAACAGCCGCCGAGCUGUUGGAGGAUGCUCCGCCUGGACGGGGGAAUAGGAUGCUGGAUCCAAAGUAUUGUCGUCUUGAUCCUGGUGAUGAGAAAUGGGGGAAACCUGCUGCUGCACUGCUUGCACAUGCGAAGGGGUUCUAUAAGGACCCUGAGGGGUGGAUGUUGAUGGAUUUGCCGAGGACGCUGCUUAUUGCUAUGGAGGCUUGGUUCUUUGAGUUGGGGGAGAGGGAGAGAGGGGAAUUACCUGCGAAUGCAAAUGAUUGGCAGGAUUUGCCGGACAGUGUUACUAGCAAGUGGAAUCAGGCUUUUGCUGUAGGGAAGUUUCUGUGGGAGUGA